CCAUCUUUCUAUUGGGAGAGUCAGGGGCAAAGAAUCUUAUAAUCAUCUUUGGCUCUAGUCUCCCUUGCACCCAUGUAAACAGGUGGUGAAAUCAUUCAAAUAAAUUGAACGUGUGUGCGCGAUCGAUCUUUUUAAUAAUUUAACUGAUGUAAAAUAUAUCGAGUGAAUUUCUGAAAAAAAUUGUUGGACAUUUUGGAGAAGUAAAAAUGGCGAGCAAAGGUGAAGUUUUCAAGUCUAAGAUUACAGUUUACGUGUUGGCAUGUUGGCUCCUUGCGGCCUUUGGAGGCCUAAUGUUUGGCUACGACAUUGGUAUUUCAGGUGGAGUUACGGGCAUGGAUGAUUUUCUGAUUAAGUUCUUCCCUAAAGUUCAUGAGAGAAAGCUUCAUGCAGCAGAAAACAAUUACUGUAAAUAUGAUGACCAAAUGCUACAGCUUUUUACCUCUUCCUUGUACCUAGCUGCCCUUGUAUCCAGCUUUGGCGCGUCAAAAGCGUGCAGUAUUUUAGGACGCAAGCCCACUAUUUUCUUGGCUUCAGCGUUUUUUAUUGCUGGUGCCGCGUUUAGUGCAGCUGCUGAGCAGAAAUGGGUGCUCAUUCUUGGUAGAAUUCUAUUUGGGAUUGGAGUAGGAUUCGGAAAUGAGGCUGUUCCUUUAUUUUUGACAGAAAUUGCACCUGCACAGCACAGGGGGGCAGUAAACAUUCUGUUCCAACUCUUUGUAACCAUAGGAAUUCUAGUUGCUAACCUAGUGAACUAUGGAACAUCUAACAUGCAUCCCAAUGGAUGGAGAGUAUCACUAGGACUGGCAGCAAUUCCUGCAUUCGUUUUACUUAUAGGUUCUUUGAUCAUAACCGAAACUCCAUCUAGCCUUGUCGAACGUGGCAAAGAAACUCAAGGAAAAGUAGCACUUAAGAAGAUCAGAGGUGUUGACAACGUUGAUGCAGAAUUUCAGCAAAUCAUUCUAGCCUGCGAACAAGCCAAAAAAGUCCAGAAACCAUUCAAGAAACUCUUCAAACGCGAAAGCACGCCGCCUCUAAUCAUCGCCAUUUCUCUGCAAGUCUUCCAGCAAUUCACCGGGAUCAAUGCCAUUAUGUUUUAUGCACCAGUCUUGUUCCAAACACUUGGAUUCAAGAGCGAUGCUUCAUUGUUGUCCGCGGUUAUCACGGGUUUAGUGAAUGUUGGCAGCACUUUUGUGUCAAUUUUUGCUGUUGAUAAGGCUGGAAGAAGGAAAUUACUUCUGCAAGCUUGCGUUCAAAUGUUAAUCUCCCAGCUUGCAAUUGGAUGGAUUUUACAUGUCCACUUGAAGGAAACAGGUUCACUCGACAGGACUCUUGCAGCCAUUGUGGUGAUACUAGUGUGCACAUUUGUAAUGUCCUUUGCAUGGUCAUGGGGUCCUCUUGGUUGGUUAAUUCCAAGUGAAACCUUCCCAAUGGAAACAAGAACAGCAGGAUUUGCCUUCGCAGUGAGCUCAAACAUGAUUUUCACUUUCAUCAUUGCUCAGGCAUUCCUGUCAAUGCUAUGCCACCUGCAAGCCUACAUUUUCUUCUUCUUCUCUGCUUGGAUUCUUGUAAUGGGGAUUUUUGUUGUAUUCCUAUUGCCGGAGACCAAGGGCGUCCCGAUCGACUCUAUGGUCGAAACAGUAUGGAAGCAGCAUCCAGUGUGGAAGAAAUUCUUCACGGAUGAAGCUCCCAAGAGCUAUGAGAUGGCCUGAACAUACACAUAUACAUUCAUUCAAGGAUAAUGUUUUUCAAAUCAAAUCUUUUUAUCGUCUUUGCUUUGUAUUGCAAUGUGUUAUAACACUUAUGGUACAUUGUACUACUGGCUAUUUUGUGCUUAAUUGAAUUUCAUUAUAUAAAAAUAAAAACCACCACACUACAAGAAAAAAAA